AUGAUAAAGCUAAAGGAAGAGGGGUUGGUGACAUUCAAGGAUGUGGCUGUGGACUUCACCCAGGAGGAGUGGGGCCUUUUGGACCAUGCUCAGAAGGAGUUGUACAAGGGGGUCAUGCUGGAGAAUGCCCGGAACCUGCUCUCCCUGGGGCUUCCAGUUACCAGAGAAGACGUGAUCUCAUAUUUUGAGCAAAAGGAAGCCCCAUGGAUGCUGAAGCAAGAAGGCCUGAGGAGCUGCUGUCCAGAAGGAGAGAUCAGACUGGAAAUGAAGGAAAUUGCUGCAGAGCUAACCCUUUCUGUGGAAAAAACUCACAAGCAAAGAUUCAUGAAUAAUGGUCCCUCUGAAUUCACUUGGAGAGAAGUCUACACAACACCUGAAAGUUUUCACACUGCAGAGAAAUAUUAUGACUGUGAACAACAUGGAAAGGGUUUUACAGAGAGGAAGUAUCGUAUUGCACAUCAGAGGAUGCAUCCUGGAGAGAAACUUUAUGAAUGUAAUCAAUGUGGAAAACUUUUUAAAUGGUGGAACAGUCUUACUCUACAUCAGAGAAUGCACGCUGGUGAGAAACCUUAUAAAUGUAGUCAAUGUGGAAAGACUUUUAGAUGUAGGAAGACUAUUGGUGAACAUCAGAGAAUCCACACUGGAGAGAAACCUUAUGAAUGUAAUCAGUGUGGAAAGGUUUUUAUACAAAGGGCUGGUCUGAUUGUACAUAAGAGAACACACACUGAAGAGAAACCUUAUGAAUGUAAUCAAUGUGGAAAAGCUUUUAAAUGGUGGAAAAAUCUUACAGUACAUCAGAGAAUCCACACUGGAGAGAAAAUGUAUGAAUGUAAUCAGUGUGGAAAGACUUAUAUGCGGAAGGACAAUCUUGUUCAACAUCAGAGAAUGCACACUGGAAAAAAACCUUAUGAAUGUGAUCAAUGUGGAAAGGCUUUUAAAUGGUGGAACAGUCUGACUCUACAUCAGAGAAUUCACACUGGAGAGAAACUGUAUGAAUGUAAUCAAUGUGAAAAGACUUACAUACAGAAGGACAGUCUAGUUGAACAUCAGAGAAUCCACACUGGAGAGAAACCUUAUAAAUGUAGUCAUUGUGGAAAGACUUUCAGAUGUAGAAAGUCUAUUGGUGAACAUCAGAGGAUCCACACUGGAGAGAAACUUUAUGAAUGUAAUCAAUGUGGAAAGACUUUUACAUGGAAGCGCAGUCUUGUUAGACAUGGAAGAAUCCAUAAUGGAGAGAAACCUUAUGAUUGUAAUCAAUGUGGAAAGGUUUUUAGAUUGAAGAAAUGUCUUAUUGCUCAUCUCAGAAUCCAUACUGGAGAGAAGCCUUAUGACUGUAAUCAAUGUGGAAAGGCUUUUAAUUGGUGGAACACUCUUGCUCUACAUCAGAGAAUCCACACUGGAGAGAAACUUUAUGAAUGUACCCAGUGCGGAAAGGCUUUUACACUGAGAGACCAUCUUACUAGACAUCAGAGAAUACAUACUGGUGAGAAACCUUAUGAAUGUACCCAAUGUGGAAAGACUUUUACACAGAAGUCCUCUCUUACUGUACAUCAGAGAAUACACACUGGAGAGAAACCUUAUGAAUGUACUCAGUGCGGAAAGGCUUUUCCACACAAGGACCGUCUUACCCGACAUCAGAGAAUCCACACUAGAGAGAAACCUUAAGAAUAUGAUCAUUCUGGUAAAACCUUCAGGCCAAAGUCAAUCCUUGUUUACAAUCAGAGAAUUCAUGGGAGAUAAAGGAAUCUUAUAAUUGACCUGAAUGAGGAAAGUCAUUGAAAUGGAGUACGGAGCUUCUUAGCAAAAUAUUCACUCUGGGUAAAAGCUAUCUAUGGAAUCAAUGUGGGAAGGCUUUCAGCCAGAGAUCAUCUCUUUAUCCUCUCUUCAGAGGAUUUAUAAUGAAAAGAAACCUUAUGAAUGCGCUCAAAGGGGACAUGCCUUACCGGUGAAGGUUAUAUUUUGUGUCUGACUAUAACAGAAGGUCGAGAUAAGGAAAAUAAUUCAUGCUGACCCUCCAGGUGGUAAAAGCCAAAAAGGAGGCAGUAGGCUGACAAACUGCAGAACUAUGUCAGAGAAUCCACCUGGAUGUUCUCAGAAUUAGAAUGUCUUCAGAAUAAAGAAAAGCCCUCAUGUCAACAUUAUGUCAACUGGGAAACAAUCUUUGGUGAAGGGAAGGAUUCAAAUUUGUUUAAUCAGGGGUAUAACAAUUAGGGCACUUUAGGGAAUUUUGUGUUCUCCCACAGGCUGCCUACAUGCAUGUAAUCAGCCUACUCUGAGGCCACUGCAUGUGACAGCCAAGAAACUUCUCAUUAAUUUGAGAUCAUGGCUGCCUCCUGAUUUUGGUGACCCAACAAUCGUGAUGAUGAGGCAGGGAUUCCCCUGAUGGACUUGAGGCAGAGCAGAAGCAAUGUGUGAACAAAGCAGCUGCUCCUAAGCAGGCAAGAGGCCUUGCAAUUUCUAUCUACAAAGCUGCCCAUGGUUGUUCCUGCUCUACCAGCCUGGAAGAGAACUCUAAAGGAACCCAGUUCCAUAUCAGAGGCAUCUGGGCUGCUUGUCACAUGCUCUCUACAAAUCAAUGAAGGGCUCAGGUCCUGAUGACAGCACCCUCCUCACAGUCAUGGUUUCCAGUGCAGAGACCAAUAGGUUGGACAUGAGGGAGCAAUUCGAGAGGCAUUAUGCGAAGUCUCUAUAUUCUUUCCUCAAGGCAAGUAGAAGAGUCUUGCUUUGCCAGAAAAGGCAAGCACUGAUAGGAAGAAAGGUUUCUAAUGAAAUUCAUUUGGAUGCUAAUGCAGACCCAAGCCAACUUCUUGUUCCCUUAUCCCUGUAUUUAUCAGAGAAACUUGAUUUGGAAGGGCCUUCAGAGGCCAUCUAGGCCAGACUCAUAUCUGCAGAGGCAUCUCUUUGAGAUCAUUUCUGCUUGAAGACCUGCUAGGAAGGUAGCUCAAUAUUAAGGCACUGUUCAUCACAUCAAGCUGAAAUCUGCCUCUUGCAGCUAACCCUCAUUGGUACUGAGUGUGAUUCAUCUUAGACAUGAUAGCAUUUCAGGUAUUUGAGGAGUAUUUCAUGUUGCCCUUCAAGUUUCCUCCUCUUCUGGACAAGUGUACUCACUUUUUUCAACUGAUCCUCAUUUGUCAUGGUCUCCAAUCCAUCAUAUUCAUAGUCCUUCUUUGGAUGUAUUCCAGCUAGUCAGUGCCUCUUGUUGAUUAUCUCCAGUUUGUCAUAAAUAAUAGGAAUAGAUAUGUUUGUCCGUAUUUAUUUGUCUGGCUGUAGCUGCCAAAAGUGCUACCAAACUGGCGUAUAAAUUACUUGUUACAAUCUUAUGAUUGUAUAAUCUGUUUUUGCUAACGAUGAUGGAAUCAUGACUUUGGCACCCUAAUAUCUGUCAGUUGUGGAUAUGUUUAUGGAUUAGUUAGAAAAAGGGUAUAUUGUAGCUUGUCUUGACCUAUGUCUUGCCACUGGACUCUCAUAACAUUGGAAGAGAGAGUGAGGUUGAUGGCUUUACACAGUUCUGCUUCCCUUAAAUCCAACUCACUUGCAAACAAAGACCAAGAACAACAAUCUGUGGGUAAAGAAGCCUCCUGAGUUCAAAAGUUCAGUGUUCCUCUCCCAGUUAAAUGCAUCAGUCACUUUUAAUGGAAGAAAAAUUCUGAGCUAAGUUUACAAGUGCAGUCCUCUCUCAAAAGAUUUUACUUCAAAAGGAACUAUUAUCUCAGCACCAGCUGCCAAUCAAUUUGUGUCAAGGAAACUUGUUUUCUUCUAUUAUACCUUUAAAUAUCCUGACUCAGUUCUAGGUCAUCUGUUGUUAUCUCUACCAGCCAGGAUGAUGCCAUUCCUGGAAAUCUUGUCUCUAGGUGUUUUUGUACAAUUAGAGAAAAUUUGUUGUCUAUCAUUAGUUAUUUCUGCAAGAUCCAGGUGGAAAGUAUCAACAUUUUCAAGAUGAAAAGAGGGGCUAUUUCCAGCCCACAUUUCACACUUUCAGCCAAUCAUAUUCUUCCUACCCCCAUGAUACUUUAACCAUUUAUAUUGUUUUCCCCACUUGCCAACUCCUUUGUUACAUCCUUAAGCUGGGGGACUUUCAUCUUCCCUGUCUUUAAGCUUGAUAGGGAAGCCAUUUUCCCUCUUUAUUGGUAAAUUCAUGUUAACUAAUAAACUGCUGGUGCUCAGAGCUCUGUACCUCAGUUGGCUUGAUUUUCCUGGUGAUAAUUAGUCCUUGUGGUCUUGAGGUCACCAAUGCACUGUCUCCUGAAGCAAGGCUUUAGCUUGUAGAAUCUAUGCAUGAAAACCAUUGUCAUCAAAUUAGACCUGAUUGUCUUGAGGCUAUCAUAAUAGUCUUGACUGAGUUGUUGUUCUGUCAUGUCAGGAUUGUCUUGACUAUCUGUCACCUCAUGGACCAUA